AUGGCAAUUUCUUCUGGUAGAAUACUCCUUGAUGAACUCAUACUGGAAAUUCUGUCAUGGCUUCCUGUGACGAGUCUCAUGCGAUUCAGGUGCGUUUCAAAGACAUGGAAAUUUCUUAUAUCCGAUCCUUACUUGGUGAAAUUGCACCUUGAAAGGUCUUUCAGAAACCCACAAAUCCUCUUACUGACGACACAGAAAUUCAAGAGUCAAUGUUUCUCUGCUCGUUUAUGCUAUCUACCUUGUUUAAUCCAAAAGCCUGCACGCUCUUCUUGUGGUCGUAUCUUGCGAUGCCCCAAACCCUAUAAAUAUUUAUUGGGUUCUUGCAAUGGUUUGCUUUCUCUACAUCACUCUCUUUCCACAAAGGAGUAUGUAGAGCACUGGGUCUGCUUUUGGAACCCUGCCACCAAAAUUUGCUCCAAACCUUCACCAAGACUGCGUCUCGGCACUGAUGUUCGCCAUGAUAUGAAUUUUGGGUUUGGGUACGAUGAUAGGAGGGAAGUUACAAGUAAUGGAUACUCUCUGAAUGGCACUGUUAACUGGAUAGGAGCUUCUUUGGGAGAAUCGAGAACUAAGAAGCUACAAAUAUUUUCCUAUGAUCUAAAUAACGAUACUUUCAGAUGUUUGUCGGUGCCUGAAUUCGUCCCCAUAGAUUUUGCUUUUCUUUCUAUGGGAGUUUUCAAUGGUUGUCUUUGUGUUUCUUUAGAGAAAGGGAAGACAGUCUUUGUUGUAUUGGCAUUGAAGGACGUUCGAGACGAAAGAUCUUGGAGUCGAUUGGUGAGUGUAAGUUAUGAAACUCUGAAUAUCUCUCCUUAUUACUAUAAGGUGCGGAAUUUGUGCAUGUGGGGUGAUCUUCUGUUUGUCGCAUAUUCAAAUGGGGGUGCUUCCAAUAUCAUUAUCUCUAAUUUGAAGGAGAAUAAAGUAGAACGUACUCAAACUUACUACAAGAAAUUUCUCUAUUACAUCUUCUCGUGUCACUAUGUUCCAAGCUUGAUUUUGCCUAUUUGA